UUAUUUUCCUCAAAUAUUCUCUGUUUUUCAGAAUAUUUUAAGAAAUUAAGAAAUACUCCAGUUCAUACUUCCCAAGUAAGACUCAGUUUUUUGAUUAAUCAAGAAUGGAAGCAGGUGAAGAAAAAAUGGAAGUUUACCCUUUUCAUCUUCUCCUCAGGACUUUACCUGCAAUAGCAUCCUUCCUUGCCCUUGGUAUUUGCUCUGUCAUCAAUGGUCCUUCUCUUCUAGAUCUAAGGGACUUACUGGAUUCCACCAUUGGAGAGAUAUCUUUCUUAUUUAUGCUGGGAUCUAUUGGAACUAUGUCUGGAUGCUUUGUAUUGGGACUACUUAUGGACAGAUUUGUCAGGUUACGCUACCUUAUAAUUGGGUUGUUGGUGGCAGGGCUGGGACUCUUCACAUCUUCUAUUCCGUAUUCUCAGAAUCUGGUUACUCUAUACUGUCUAGGAUUUUUUAGUGGAUUUUGUGGUGGAGCAUUAGAUGCAGGAGCUCAGGUCUUACUGCUAAAUAUUUGGAAAGGGAGGGAAUCAGGACCUUACAUGCAUACUCUACAUUUUAUGUUUGGAGUCGGAGCGUUCAUAGCCCCUGUUAUAGCUAAACCUUUUCUGAGCAAUGUUGAAGAAGUUUUGGAGAAUGAGAACGCGACUGUUACUGAAAACUUUACUUCUUUUGUAAAUUCUACAACAUCUGAAAACUCCAAUAGGUCUGCAUUCACAAAGAUGGAGGGGCUUUCUGAUCUUGCCACGUAUAUCUCCUACAAUGGAUCUUCAGAAAUGGAUCUGGAUUUGAUUGGAAACAGUUUGACAAUAAAAACUCUCUAUCCGCUUAUCGGACUCUUUACUUCUAGUAUUAGCUUAGGGUUUUUCUUCUACCAAUUUAUGGAUAUGGAAAAUCCGGUUGAUGCUGAUUUGAAGGAAGAAGAAAAGCAAUCUGAUAAACAGUCCUCGCCUGUAGGCAGAAAAAUGCUAGUUUUGGUCAUUCUUAUGAUUUUCUUCUUCUUCUAUGUUGGAUUAGAAGUUGCCUUUGGAACAUUUCUCACAACAUUUGCGGUCAAAUGCAAGCUAGGUUUAAGCCGAGGAGAGGGUUCCUACCUUACUGCUGUAUUCUGGGGAUCCUUUGCUUGUAUGCGGGGAGUAGCUAUUCCAGCAGCAAUUUACAUUAAACCUGAGAUUAUCAUGUUCUCCUCCUGUUUCCUAUGUGUAGUUGGAUCUGUGUUCCUAAGCGUUUUUGCUGAAACAUAUGUUUACCUUCUGUACACCUGCACUGCAGUUAUGGGGAUAGGGAUGGCCUCGAUUUUUGCAACAGGUUUACUGUGGUUGGAGAAAAGGAUGGAAAUAACAAAUAGAAUUGGAGCUGUCAUGACUAUAUCAGCUGCACUGGGAGCUAAAAUAUUCCCUGUAAUGGUCGGACAAACUGUAGAGAAAUAUCCAAUGAGUUUCAUGUAUAUCAUGUUGGGAAUAUCUACAGGUUGCACUAUUCUGUUUGUCAGUACCAGUAUACUAGGACGAGAUCUGGAGAAAACCAACCUUGAACUUGCCUUAGACCCUAAAGAGGAGGAGGAGCUCCCUCUCAACCCUAUCAUCAAAAUCAACCCUGAAUCUGACCUAGCAAACCUCAAGUCGUCAAAAGCAGCAGAAGUUGAAUUGGCUUUAAUAACCCCUAAAUCUAGUCAAUAGACUCGUUUUAAGUUUUACAUAUCGGAGCUCAAAUCAGAUUUCGAAGGAUUAAAGAUUUAUUGUGAAAUUAUUAUUUUUAUUAUCAUCAUUAAUUCUUAGUGUCCAUUUGAUUUUGAUGCGGACCUGAUCCUGGAUCCGCCCUCAUAAAAAAUGGAUAAGGAUCCAGGUCAACAUUUCUCCAAUAUUUACUGAUUUUUUAAACAAAAGAAAAAAUUGAUGAUUUUUUUCUCCUUUUUUCGUUAUUUUCCUGCUGACACUUGAUGAUUCAUUCAGAAAUUAUAGAUUUUUGAUAAUCUUAUUUUUUCAUUAGUUUAGUUUUGUUUUGGUUGAUAUUUGGCAAUAUUGUCUCAACACAAAAUAUGGUAUGCUAUAGGUUACAGAUCUGGACUUAACUAACAUUACCUGGUGAAAUGUUCUCUAAAUUAUGUUUACUUAACAUAGAUUACUUAUUGAAAUGUUCUCUAAAUUAUGUUUACUUAACAUAGAUUACUUAUUGAAAUGUUCUCUAAAUUAUGUUGAUAAUUUUCUUUAUUUUGAAAUCGUUGAUUGCGAUAGCUAAUAUCCAAAUAGCCAAUAUACUGAACUUUAUAUCCACAUCGUAAACUAGAACAAAUAGUGGCUUUACUGGAAAUCCACCAAAAGAUUAUUAAGAAAUAAUUAAAAGAAAAGGUUUGGCUGUAUAAUUAAUAAUUAUAUUUCAACCUAAAUUGAACCGCGCGAGGGGAGAAUGAAACCCGUGUUAAAAAGGUUUUGAACUCUGAACUAACUUAUCAACAUCAUUCAUAUGGAUAUAUUGUGCCAUGCCCUGACAGCAGUUUUAUAUUUAGUUUCCUUUCAGAUUUAUCCAAUGCAUUUACCGCUUUUUCAAGUUAAUUAAAUGUGAUUCAUGUUUUACCAAACCAACUUUUUACCUAUUAUGUUUACAACUUUAUACAUUACAUCGUUGUUUGUUCUGUAAUCUAUAUUUAAUUGUUAUUUAAUUCGACCUCGUCUGUGACACUCAUCCCGGUUUUUCCAAAAAUUUACAAUUUUUAUUCGUUUCAGA